GUACAAUUAAUCUCUACAUGUUUGAACCUGAGGCGUCAGAUGAUGGCAAUUUACUUGACACAGCAGAUGUCGUCAUGACGCCAAUUGACAGCUCGACACAGAGCAUGGACACACCCACUGUAACACACUUGUAAUCUCCAUCUGUAAAUCCUGCUGUCGCCAAGCACAAAGUGAAGAGACGAGGCGGUGAAGGCGGCACUUAAAGAGGAAAAGAAAGUAAUGAAGUGAAAGGGGUCAGGGCCAAAGAGGAGAGUCAACAAAUCAGAGAUGAAUACAAAAGCUUGGAGGAGAAAGUUGGAAUACGUUUGAGACGAGGAGUUUCAAGACGGACCUUCUGUCCAUCGUUCCAUCCUCUCUCUGUUCCAUUCCAUCAUGGUGGACCUUUUCCUCAACCGAGUUCUGGUGGAAAACAACUGGGAGCAGGAUGAGCUCAACACUGAGCGGGAAAUUGUGGGGAUUCUGGAAAACCGCAUCCUCAUGCUACUCUUUGCAUCUGCAGAGUGCGACAAGUGUUGGGACUUUGUGCCUGUGCUUAAUGACUUUUUUAAACGACUGAAAGACCCAGCUUAUAUUGAAUAUCCCAGACUGCUGGCACUCAUUUACAUCAGCUUGGACCAAUCAGAGGAGCAGCAGGGAAGAUUUCUCAAGGAGAUGCACAAAAAGGUUCUCUUUUUAGCCUUUGAGGACCCAUACAGGGAGGAACUUCAGGCCAUGUUCAAGGUAAAAGAUGUCCCGACCGUGGUGGUUCUCCGUCCAGAUGGCUCUGUCCUGUCUCCGAAUGCUGUACAGGACAUUUAUCGUUUGGGUUCCGAGUGUUUUCGCAACUGGGAGGAAUCGUCAGAACUGAUUGAGAGAACCUUCAUGCUCAACGAGGAGUUUGACAACCUGAAUAUGCGCAGUGCCACAGAACCUGUGAGGAGGCUCAAAUACAAGACAGAGGAUGACAAGAGGAAAAAAAGAUGGUGGAUGUUGUGAGGCUGCGGGAAUGAUGACAUUGAAGGUAGCAUGUGAAAUGGGGAGAAAGAAGGACUGUAAAGGAAUUACCUUGCUCACUGUCCUAUUGGUAGCAGAAUAUUAUAUUAUUCGGAGCUCGGCUCAGGCCUGUGCGGCAUUUGCAUGUCCUCAACGUGCUUGUGUGGUAUUUCUUCAGCUAUUCUGACUUCCUCUCACAUUAAAACACCCCGAGAAAUAUUCACUCUUGAAUUUUCCAUUGGUAGGAAUGUGACUGUGAAUGCGCCACUUAAUUGAUGACUUGAAAAUGAAUGGAUGCGUUCACUUCAUCCACUUAUGUCAACGUACUGUUGCUAAUAAUGUUAAAUAUGACAAAUAUGAGUGUAUUUUAAUGAGCUACAUUAACAUAGUACAUUUCUGUGCUUUUAUAGAUGUGACUCUGAAAAAAUAUGAUGUGGAAUAUUAUUAUUAUGACAGAUAAUCGGGUAUUUUGUGGGGUAAUUUACCAUUUCAUGUAAUUAUUUUGGGGGGAAAAAUACUUAUUUACUAUAAAUAAUGUAUAUUGUUCACCUAGCUAUGCUAGUGACAUACAUAUCUCAAAAAGCAGAACAAUUGUUUUUUAUUCCACUAGAUACCAGAAAGUACACAACGACCCAGUGUAUGGGUCAUAUUGAUUAGAGGUGUGUUUUGAUAUUAUUUGUACUGGUAAAUACGUGCCUUGGCUCAAUAAAUAUGGUAAAUGCUGCUUUAAAGAAAAUGCUGCUUUCAAAGUACUAUCACAAUUCUCAUCUGCACUCAUUGGCUGACAAACAUAAGCAUACAUUUAGCUGGGCCCCUGAGAGGGAACCAGUCGUUCAACCAACAAAUGGCGGAAAAAACACAGACAAGACUGAAAAAGCCGUUUCUGCUCUUGCACUCCUCUUUAAAAGAAACUGCUGUAUUUUAAGCCAAAACAACUGUUGUGUUUGUUAGAACAAUAUUUCUAUAUGCUGUCAUAGCAGAUUCAUGGCGCAUUAAGCCUCCGAACUAUUUUUAAUUGGUUCAUUUUACCCUGGAAACCCCCGUUUACAGACGUUGUGCAACCGCUUUUUUUUUAAACCCAGCCAUAAAAAGAAGCUAACUAAUUACAUUUAUGAAUCUUAAUGUCUGUCAUUUGUAUCUUAGAAUCAUUAAUUGACGUCUAAUA